AUGCCUUCGAAUCAUGGUGUCAUCUUUAAAGCAGUUCCUGACGGUUAUCCAGUUUUAGGAGAGCAUAUGGAACUUGUCACAAGAGAAAUUGAUAUUGAAAACUUUUCACUUGGAGACGGAGACAUUCUUGUUAAAAAUCAAUAUUUAUCGUUGGAUCCAUACAUGCGUGGUAGAAUGAGAAAUCCUAAUAUAAAAUCUUAUGUAAAAGCAUUCGAGCUUGGUAAAGUUUUAGAAGGAAGUGGUAUUGGUACUAUUGUUAAAUCUAAUAAUAAGAAAUAUCAAGUUGGCAAUGAACAUCUGGCGAAAGAAAUGUCAAAAUUCAAUUUUCCUAAAAGUUAUUUUCUUGGAGUGCUUGGUAUGCCCGGAAUGACUGCUUAUGUUGGUCUCAAUAAAAUUGGCAAACCGAAAAAAGGUGAAACUAUUUUUAUUUCGGCCGCAUCAGGUGCGGUUGGUCAAGUUGUGGGACAAAUAGCAAAAAUUAAAGGAUUACGUGUAAUUGGUACUGCCAGUAAUGAUUCCAAAAUUAAAUAUCUUGAAGAAUUGAAUUUUGAUGGUGUAUUUAACUAUAAAACUUGUAAUAUUGAUGAGGUAAUUGUUCUUACUCAUCUUAACAUCAACGCCCGUGUUGUUGCAUGCGGAAUGAUCUCUCAAUAUAAUACCAAGGCUCCUUAUGGUGUUAAAAACUUGUUGUGCGUUGUUUCAAAACGUAUUACAAUUCAAGGCUUUAUCGUAUUUGAUCAUUACCAUGAAACCGAGUCUUUCCGAAAAGAUAUUGAUGAAUGGUUAAAACAAGGUAAAUUGAAGUAUAAGGAAGAUAAUGUUGAAGGAAUCCAAAAUGCGCCAGAGGCAUUUUUAAAUUUAUUAACUGGUAAAAAUUUUGGAAAGGAGAUCGUUAAAAUUUGUUAA